AUUAAAUGUCCUCCCAAAAUCAGAUUCGGACAAUCUUCCAAAAUAUAAUUAUUUCUUCUUCCUUCUUCUUCCUCUGUGCCACAAAUUCUCUCUUUCCUUCAAUCUACACGCUCAGACAAAAAGAAAAUAUCGAAAUCAAUUUUUUUUUUUUUUUUGUUUCUUCCAAAAUCUGUUAAAAAAACCAGAAAAAAUAAAUAAAUAAAAAAGAGAGAGAAGAGUGAAAAGAACAAGUUCUUCUAGAUGUUGUUGUCUCAUGGUUUCUUUGUUUCUCUGAGCUCUCCAACAUCAUAAAUCUCCACAUGCAGCUUUGAGAAUUGAGACCAAAGGGAGAAAUGGAAUCUCUAAUUGAAGAAGAAGAAGAAGAAGAAACUCGAUUUUUCGAUGCUCUCGAAGAAAUCGCAUCUUGUUCAAGUACAAGUCUUUGUAGAAUCGAGUACGAUGAAUCUCUAUCGUCGAUUUCUGGGGAAUUUCGAUACGAUGUUUGGAUCAAAAGCCCAGGAAACACUGAGGAGCGUCGUGAGAAGUUUUUGAACUGGAUGGGUUUAAGUAGUACUGUGAAGGAAGAUAAAUCAGGUAAUGUGAAUUGUUUAUCGAGGUCGGUUAAUGAAUCAGCGGUUUUGAUGAGUUUGAAAUCUGAUGAUGAUGAGUUUAGCUCUUGUCGUUGUGAUUCUUCUGUGUUUAGUCCAAGUGAGAGUGUAGAUAGGAUUGUGAAAGAGGAAGAAGUAGAUAGUGGAAUGGUUUUGAGGAAUUUGGGUUUUGGUGAUGAUGAUGAUGAUGAGAUUAGCUCUAGUCUUUGUUCUGUAUCGUCAUCACCUGUAUCGGGUUCAACGGAUAGGUUUGUGAAGGAAAAUGGCGAAGCGUUACCAGACCCGAUGGUUGCUGCGGAGCAAAGGGAUGUAGGUGGGAUUAUGAAGAGGGUUAAGGAGAAAUGGUUGAGUCGGUUGUACAAAAUGCGGAAUAAGCAGAGUGCGGGAGAUGAUAAUGGUGGUGAAGUUGCGGUUUGCGGGAGUAGGAUUGAGAGAGUUAAGGUGAAAGAGUAUAAGAAAGAGGCUAAGGAGCUUUCUGCUCUUUUUAAAGGUCAAGAGAUACAAGCUCAUGAGGGAGCGAUUCUCGCUAUGAAGUUUAGUCCUGAUGGGAGGUAUCUUGCAAGUGCUGGUGAAGACGGAGUUUUGCGGGUUUGGAGUGUUGUUGAAGAUGAAAGAUGUGAAGAACAUGACGUUCCUAAGAUUGAUCCUUCUUGUAUAUACUUUGAAGUGAGCAAACUCUCUGAGUUGAGACCUGUGGCUGUAGAAAAGGAUGGUAUUACUGGUUCUUUGAUGAGUCCAAGGAAGACAACAGAGUCUGCUUGUGUUAUUAUUCCCCCAAAGAUUUUCCGGGUUCUUGAUAAACCACUUCACGAGUUUCUUGGUCAUAGUGGUGAUAUCCUUGACAUCUCAUGGUCCAAGAACAAUCGUCUGUUGUCAGCUUCAGUAGACAAUAGUGUUCGGCUUUGGCAGAUCGGCCAUGAGGACUGUCUUGGAAUCUUUUCUCACAGUAACUAUGUUACAUCUGUUCACUUUAACCCGGUUGAUGAUGAUCACUUCAUCAGUGGUUCGAUAGAUGGAAAAGUUCGUAUCUGGUCAGCUUCUCAGUGCCAAGUUGUAGAUUGGGCAGACGCUAGAGGCAUUGUAACCGCAGUUUGUUAUCGCCCAGAUGGACAGGCAGUGAUUAUCGGAACUUUGACAAGCGAUUGUCGCUUCUACAAUUUAUCAGGCCACUGCCUUCAACUCGAUGGUCAUAUAUGUCUGCACAACAAAAAGAAGUCGUCGAAUAAACGAAUAAUUGGCUUUCAGUUUCUUCUGCAGUUUGAUUUUACCGACCCAAGCAGAGUCAUGGUGGCAUCCGCAGAUUCACAAGUGAGGAUCAUCAGCGGUCGCAACGUUGUCCACAAAUACAAAGGAUCUCGAAAUGCCGGAAACCAGAUAUCGGCAUCUUUUACAGCAGACGGGAAGCAUAUAGUAUCGGCGUGUGACGACUCCUCAGUCUACGUCUGGAACUGCGUUGGACACGACCCUGAACAGCCAUCUCCUGGUUUUUUCUCUCACACCAAACGACUUAAAAUCCGAUCAUUCGAAAAAUUCUCUGCAGAUGUCUCAGUCGCUAUCCCGUGGUGUGGAUUCACGCCUGUACUCUCCGGCGGAUCAGAGCUAUCGCCAUCUCUUUUCUCAUUGGGGCGCGAGUACGUUCUCGAUUCGCCCAAAGGAUCUGCGACUUGGCCGGAGGAGAAGCUAGCGAGCUCAUUUUCUCCGGUUAAAGCGAUCCGUAGAUCUCAUUACAAAUUCCUCCGAUCGUCGUGCCGGAGAACGUCGGAGUCAUCGCAUCUAUGGGGAUUGGUUAUAGUCACCGGCGGGUGGGAUGGACGGAUCAAAUUGUUUCACAACUAUGGUUUGCCUGUUCCCGUUUGAAAUCCAACGACUACUAAAAGCUCCUUUUACACGUCGUCGUACAAACUCGGCAAGUGGUGAAGUUAGAACCAUUGUUUUGGAGUUUCAUAUGGGCCUAACACGUUGGCCCGGUCUUUGACCCGGUGGUUCGUAGCUGAGUCUCACCAAGUUUGGAGCUAGCCUGACCUGAAGGCUGGGAAUUGCUUCAGGGGAAGGAAAACGAAAAGAAGAAGGGGUUACUCAGAUUUUUGCCUUUUUUAAUCGUAAAAAUUAUUAGUAUUAUACUUGUCUGUGUUUUUUUUGGUUUGUUUUGUAAGUAAAUAAUAUAUAGGGAAAUGUAACUGAGGCCCGUUUUUUUCGUGUAUAUACCAUUGUUUUCUCUCCAUUACAAUUUUGUUUUGGUACAUAAUAGACUGGUAGUAGAAAACCUUGAAUCA